GGCAGUGGGUUGUGCUUGCCAUAUAAUUGCUUAAUUGGCUAAUCCGCAUUUAAAUGUUGUCACGUUUGUUCGUGAGGAGAUCCUCUGUCAAGUCAGCAACAGUGAAAUAGACUUUCACCAGCCAGAAAUGAAGGCAAAGUCAGUCAUUUCUGCCCUGCACCUGAAGUUUGCACAGAGGACUUGGAAUGACACUUUUCAGCUUGUCCGAAGAUGCAUGGAGAAAUCCAGAGAUGAGUCCAAACCCUGUGAGCUGCUGGUUAGAUCCCUGGAAAGGCUCCAGGAAGAGUUUGAUGCGUCCUCAAUGAAUACCAUGAGAUCUCGUCUUGAAAUGAUAGCCAGACAACAAGGGAUGGGCUUUCACAUUACUGAGGCCACGUGCUACCUCACCGCUGACUUAUUCUACCUGGAGGUGGUAUUGGUGCCGCGUGGCGGGGUGGAGGAGGUAAAGGUGGCCCCGCACGGAGGACCCCCCGUUCCCAGCGAGUCCCUUCUGCAGCUGCUGAGGUUGAAGAAUUUUGCCGACUUCUCCGUGAAAUUGGCAGGCCUCUUCACCCAGUACAACGUCCCUGGAGACAAUGAUAUCAAAUUAAAACUGUUUAAAUCUCUGCAACACCUCGGGAAAGACUUGCAGCAAAUAUCGCAUUUGCCAAGGGCACCAAAGGACUGUGACCCCCAAAUGGACAUGAUUAACAAUGGCAGGAUUGGGUGUUUAAUAGCCGGAAAAGAAGAUUGCCCCCUUACUAUCCAGUUCUAUAUCAACCCGACUGAUGUCAAGAAAACAGAUGCCGAACAAAUGCAGACUUCGCUAGGUGAAAUAACAGAUAUGAAGGCAGUUGUCCAGGCAGCCCAGGUGACCGUCGGUGUCAGCGACGUAACCCACCAGCUGCAGAUGGCAUCUGUGAUUCCGCAGCCUCCACAGCUGGAUCCCCAGGGUUAUCCCGUGUUCCUGCCGUUGAACGAGGUGCCAAAUGAGACGCUGCCGGCCUGCUUUGUCCUCAAACUGCAGCCAGCCAUACCCAUGACGAUGUCCUUCGUAAACAAGCUGAGCCAAAUUACACAUGUGACCAUACCAGAUGUUGACCUGCAGUGGGCACCCUUACCUAAGCUUCUGGUUAGAGGUUCACCGAGUCCAAACAGCCACGGGGAGACAUUAGAUGAGCAGGAUAUUAUUUUUACAGCGUUUCUUCCUGGUGGCGCGAUGCACAGUUACAUUCUGCCUGGAGCUGCAUGGGAGGCGCCCGCACAGAGAGGAGCCGUGAGGGACAGUAUUCCCUUCACCCACCCUGCCCACGUCCCGCCUGUGCUGGAGCUGCUGCGUCAUCAGUGUCUUAUUAACACCCUGCUGAGAAGCUGUAUCACUUCUCAGCAUGCCACUCCAGGUUCAGUUUGUGACCUGCACUUCGAAGUCCUUCCAGAGUCUGACACCAGCUUUUCUGUGACUUUCCACCCACCCGCCGCUGACUCCCUCGCUGUUUUGCUGGUGAACACAUCAGAUUCUCGUCAGAUUACCUGCAGCCUGUUUGGAGCAGGAACGUGCGACCCGUCCUUGGAUCAGUACAUCUCCACUGUUAUGAAGAGGUGCAUGUCCAUUCCUGUGACCCUGAGGACAUUAUACAGUAAGCUCGAGGGAAUCGCCUCCGCCCCACAUUCUCCCGGCCGCCCGGCCUCCACAGAGGCCGAAGGUGACCACUCGGCUCCCCCGGGUACCGCUGCGACAGACACCGACAGCGCCCCGACCAAGUUGUCCCCGAGUGCAGCUGUGCCAGAGGACAGCGUCAGCGUUUCCGGCUCAGCCUGCUAUGCCAUGUCUGUCGCCGAUUCUGAGCUUCCUCCUGAAAUAAAUACGAGUCCUGCCGCCGACCUUUACCCAUUCACUCCUGUGGGUGUGUGUUCACAUUGGAUGGGCAACAAUGGUCAGCUGUCAGAGCUAACCUAAACUGGUUUGCGAUGUCCUAAAGUGUUUUAAAAUGUGUGGGUUUUUAAAAAUAUAUAUAUAUUUUUGAAGAAUUUAAUAAAUAUUUAGGUAAAGCAGCUGUUUUCCUCACUCAUCAAAUUAGUAUAACUUGCAUUGUUUUGGUCUUUUUUUUAUUUUUAUUUUUAUUUUUUGGUCUGAAGAUGCUGCCAAACUGCAGCAGUUUGAAUUCGUUAGCGUAUGAUCUCCUGCAGGAGGCUGAAGCGUUUCUUUGCUAUGCAUUCCAGUGUGGCAGAGAUUACUGGCUGUAAAGGUUUGAGGUUUGGCAUUUGACCUCUCUCUCUCACACAGCCAAGGGUCCAGUCGAUCGGUACCAUGUGAGCCAAUCAGACACUGUUAGGGUACAUAAUGCAUUCUUGACGGUUCGUAAUAAUAAAGUAGAGCUCGACACACACGUUAAAAUAAGCAAGUAGCUCUCUUGGAUGCAUAAAUAACAUCAAGGAUACGGCUUCAGCGCGUCUUUCGUGCGUCUGAUCGACAUAAAAAGUGAAGAAAUGUUUUUUAGCUCUUGAGCACUUUCAGUCACUAAGUCAUUUUUUCCCUUUUGAGAAAAUAAAGUUUUUUUUGCACAAUGAAGAAACGACAUUUGGUGUGAAAAUGUGGGAGUCGAGUACCUCGGUGGAAUGGAAACUCCACGGUAACAAAUCUCCUGAUUACCGCAAAGCACCCUGCGCCCAAUUCUGCUUUUCCUGGGUGCCUGCCAAGAUGGCUACCAAUAUAGCCAAAAUAUAACUAGUCUGUGUACUAUCAAUUAUUCUGCCGACUGAUGCAGAGAAGCAAAUAUGUGGCCCCAUAAAACCCCGUGUAGAUGACUCCAGACUUUUGAUCCGUUGGCUGUGUGCAAUUAGAAAGGAAUUUAACAUGUACUUAGAAUAUUAAGUGAACUGUCAGCACCCGACAACUGGUCUUGUCCAGUGUUUACUUCUGGGUAUCCAAUGAGCUGUAUGGCUGCUAAUUAUAGAAUCUUUCCAACACGGGUGGUUAAAGUAUUCUCUUCUGUCAGUAGGCCUCCAUCCUUUAGAACACAUGAGAGCUCGUGUGCCCUCGGUUCUGAUGGGGGGGGGGGGAUACAUCUGGUAAAAGAUACCUGUUACGACUUAACAUAUAAAUAUAAAUGAAAUGUGUA